UCUUCAUUCUUCAUAUCAUCAAAUCAAUUAGUUUCACUUAAUAUUGAAUCUUUUUUUCUUCAUCAAUCUCCAAAUAUGAGUUGUGCUCAGCCAUCAGUUGGAUGUUAUUCCGCGGGAGAAGACCCAUAUGUGGCUCCACCACCGGUUGGUUACCCCACCAUGGACGCCUCUGCCGCUGUUGGCCAACCCGAAAACAGAGUUGAAACCAAAUCUAAGGGAGAUGAAGAUGAUGCCUGGUUGGAAGCAUCAAGUUGGACUUCGAAAUGUUGCUGUGCUAUGUUGGAAUGCAUCUCUCGAAUAACAGCAUGACUCUUCUUAUUCUAAUGGAUAUGGUUAAUUAUUUACCACUAUUUGUGUUAUAUAUUUGAUCAUUCAAUAUGUAUGAUCACAUAUUGUAUCAGCUUUGAUUGUUUUAUAUAUUGAAUAAUACUACAUUCAAUA